AUGGGUGAAAAAUUUUUAUUUACUUCAGAAUCUGUCGGUGAAGGUCACCCAGACAAGAUCUGUGAUCAAGUAUCUGAUGCUAUCUUGGAUGCAUGUUUGAAAGAAGAUCCAUUGUCAAAGGUUGCCUGUGAAACAGCUGCUAAAACUGGUAUGAUUAUGGUUUUCGGUGAAAUCACUACAAAAGCUAACUUGGAUUACCAAAAAAUUAUCAGAGACACCAUCAAGCACAUUGGUUACGAUGACUCUGAAAAAGGUUUCGAUUACAAGACAUGUAACGUUUUAGUAGCUAUCGAACAGCAGUCUCCUGAUAUCGCUCAAGGUUUACACUACGAGAAGGCCUUAGAAGAAUUAGGUGCUGGUGACCAAGGUAUCAUGUUUGGCUACGCCACUGAUGAAACCGAGGAGUUGUUACCUUUGACCGUUAUUUUAUCUCACAAGUUGAAUGCUGAAUUAGCUAAUGCAAGAAGAAACGGAACAUUGGGCUGGUUAAGACCAGACACUAAAACCCAAGUUACCGUUGAGUACGAGAAGGACGGUGGAGCUGUCAAGCCAUUGAGAGUUGACACAGUUGUUAUCUCAACUCAACAUGCUGACGUGAUUUCUACCGAAGACUUGAGAAAUGAAAUUAAGGAGCACGUUGUUAAAAAGGUUAUUCCAGCUCACUUGUUAGAUGAAAAGACUGUUUACCACAUCCAGCCAUCUGGAAAGUUUGUCAUUGGUGGUCCUCAAGGUGAUGCCGGUUUAACUGGUAGAAAGAUCAUUGUCGACACUUAUGGAGGCUGGGGUGCACACGGAGGUGGUGCUUUCUCUGGUAAAGAUUUUUCAAAAGUUGACAGAUCUGCUGCUUAUGCUGCAAGAUGGGUUGCCAAAUCUUUAGUCAAUGCUGGCUUAGCUAGAAGAGCUUUGGUUCAAUUCUCUUACGCUAUCGGUGUUGCUGAACCUUUGUCAAUCUUUGUGGAGACUUACGGUACUUCUAAAUAUAACUCUGAGGAAUUAGUUGAAAUCAUCAGAAAGAAUUUUGACUUGAGACCUGGUGUUAUCGUGAAGGAAUUGAAUUUAGCAAGACCAAUUUAUUUCCAGACUGCUUCUUAUGGUCAUUUCACUAAUCAAGAAUAUCCAUGGGAACAGCCAAAGAAAUUGAAUUUUUAA